AUGACUCACCUCGAUUUAUCAAUGAAUAUGAUUAGCGGCAUCAUUCCUCAAGAAAUUGGAGAGCUGCAUGGACUUCAAUCAUUGGACUUAUCCAAGAACCACAUCCAAGGUUCUUUACCAAAGUCAAUGGCAGACAUGUAUAAUCUGCAAAGUUUAGACCUCUCACAUAAUGGUUUAAGUGGUUCCAUUCCCAGUGAAAUGGUACGACUCACCUUCCUUGAAACAUUUAGCGUUGCCUUCAACAACAUGACGGGUGUGAUCCCGAAUGGUAUACAAUUUAGAAGUUUUAAUGAGAGCAGUUUUGAAGGUAAUCCAGGAUUAUGUGGACCGCCACUAAAGAAAGAAUGCUCCUCGAAUAAUGAGAACACGAAAGGGAUAACAACAACAGAAGAUGGAGGAAAGUCAAAAGAUUACAAGAAUGCUUUAUUCUUUGCAAUUGUUACAACGUCAUUUACUCUUGGUUUUUGGGGGUUUCUUGUCAGUUUGUUUUUCAAUAAAAGUUGGAGGAUGAAAUAUUUCAAGUUCAUCGAUCAAUUAUUGUAA